CAUUGGCCGUCCCAUUAUAGUUGGAUAUCAUGGCAUUGAUGGACAGCCACUGCCUGAUGAGCCUCCACGUCUGCUAGGACCACAUCAUGUACGGGGCGUGGACCCUCUAGGCCGUCGGUGGCUAUAUGCUGGUUUAUCUCGCAUGUCAUCCGCUACUGGCCUCGGUGUGUACAUGGAUGCAUUGGAUCGGAUGUCAGAGGACCAGGUAUGGUGUGUGUAGUAUAACAAUAACUACAAUAGGUGUAGAAUAAAUACUAAUUUUGUAUGUUUACGACACAGAUCACAUGGAUGCCGUAUAGACCUGAUAUGUUAGCAGAGUUGCCCCCAGCUGGACGAGAGCAGACUCACAUAUGGCGAGCACGUGUGCCGCUGAUAUGUUUUGACAUUGUUGAGCUUCAUUUGCCUGAUAGAGUCAUGCGACAGUUUGGGUUUGAGCAGGUCAUUCCACGUCCUAUCGACACUUAUGUAGAGCUGCAUAAGCUGGAUAGGCGUGGGAAGCAUACAGAGGAUUGGGCACUCAGACAUGUCCGAUACGUGACUAUGUGGGAUAGGAGAGCUGAGCUAGCCGUGGCUGGGACACCCACAUAUGUGCCAUCAGUUUCAGGAGAUUACAUGGGAUGGUACUACAGCAUCACUCGGUUGUUUGUGUCUCCUUCGUUCAGACUCCCUACUCAUCAUUAUCAGCCUAGCUCAUUGGCAUUGCAUCUUACGGUGAGUAUAUUACUAAUUAGUAAAGUAAGUCAUUUUAUUUAUGUAAUACUUGUAUGUAUUUCAAUGUAAUUGUAAUUGUGUUUCGUAUUGCAGACACAAGCUUUGCAGCGCAUACAUCAGCGGGCUACUGCCACUGUGACUGAUAUUCCUGAUGUGGACAUGUAUGGACAGACUCUGACAGGCAUUGCCUCGUUAUGCUCAGAUGUGUUGGGUCGAGUAGACUACGGACAUCUUAUACACAUGCCCGCAUCUCAGGAGAUGGCAUCCACGUCUAGUGCAGCCGCGGCUUCAUCAUCCCAGACGCAACAUGAGAGAGUGGUUCUUCAACCACGACAACGCCGUAGGCGUAGACAUGAGCAGCAACAUCUCCAUGACGAAGCUGAUUGAUGGGAACUUGUAGUUUGUCUUUUGUAUUGUAGUUUUUCUUAUGCAAUAGAUGUUGUAGGAACAAUUUACAAGUUUUGAUGUAUUUUCUCUUGUUAAGUAUUCUAUGUUGUAUUGAUGUGUUCGAGUAUGAAUAUUACAUGAUUAUUUGUUAUGGCAUAUAUGAUGAUUGAACUGUGUUAUACCGGUUAUGAUUUGAAAGUUUUUUAGCGGUGUUUAUAAGGUGUUUUUUAUGUUGUUGAGAGUAGGUGAUUAUCAUGUGUUGUAUCUAGUUUGUAACACUUCAAAAGGAGAAAGGAGACCUUAUUUGUAGCAAACAGAUCGGAUUGGAUUGAACCAGGGCGAAAAACAAGCUGAUUUGGUGUUUUAGGUAAUAGGCACGAUCGUGCCUAAGGAAAUAGACACGAUCGUGCGUGGCUGGCAG